AUGGCUCGAAAUAAACCAGCUGAUGGUGGCGGACAUGUCAAUCAAAAGAACGCCGCGGGGCAGAAAGCUACUCCACCAUGUCAAAAAGGAGCAUCAACGAAGGGUGGUCCAAAAACACCAGUCAAGCCUUCAGCACAAAAAGGUGCAGCGAAGACGGCCCCACCUAAGCAGGCAGCAGCUGCCGCCGUCAAGACGCCGCAGGGCAAGAAGAAGAAGGGUCACAAACAUCAACAGUACGAGCUCAUUGUUACCAUUAAUUUGUCAGAAUAUGGCCUUACGGAAGAACAAGUCGCAGAAUUUAAAGAAGCCUUCAUGUUGUUCGAUAAAGACGAGGAUGGUACCAUCACAAUGGCUGAGCUCGGGGUGGUCAUGAGAUCGCUAGGACAACGACCGUCAGAAACUGAACUCCGAGAUAUGGUAAAAGAAGUGGACCAAGAUGGCAAUGGUACGAUCGAGUUCAAUGAAUUUCUACAGAUGAUGUCCAAGAAGAUGCGCGGAGCUGAUGGAGAAGAUGAACUAAGAGAAGCAUUCAGGGUGUUCGACAAAAACAACGAUGGUUUGAUAUCAUCUGUAGAGCUUAGACAUGUGAUGACCAAUCUGGGCGAGAGACUGAGUGAAGAAGAAGUAGAUGACAUGAUCCGUGAGGCAGACCUCGAUGGUGACGGCAUGGUCAAUUACGAUGAGUUUGUGACAAUAUUGACGUCGAAAAAC